CGUGGCGGGAGUUGCUGUGGAGCUAGCGGACUGAAGAGACGUGUGACGGCGGAGCUCUAAGAGAGUUGUUGUAGGGCGCUAGGCUUGUGUGCGUCAGCGUCGCUGUUGGUGUGUAGUGGGAGCUGGUAGCAGCGAGGCGGAGCGGUAUAGCGACCGACCGCCGGAUCCCAGAGCAGCGUGAGAGAGGCUGAUCGGAGUGUCCGAGACAGCGGGACUGUCGAAGCCGUGUCAGAGAGUCCGUGGCGGCGGCGGUUUGCCGAAUCUAGUUGCAGCAGCUCAUAGUGCGGGCUUUGCAAACAAUUUGAACGGACCAUGGCAAACACUAAAGGUACACCUGGAGGGUGGUCAGAUCCAAUGCCGGCAACCCCAAAAAUCCAAGGAUACGCUGACGCGGUAAAACCCCAAGUGCAAGAGGCUCUCGGGAAGGAUUUCGCUGUUUACAAAGCUGUGUUGUACAUUGAGCAGGUUGUUGCAGGGAUGAACUAUAAAAUCAAGAUCAACGUUGGUGGUACCAAUUUCAUCCACGUGCUUCUGUUCGUGUCGCUCCAAGGACUUGUGGAGUUUAAUCAGGCCUGGGGUGGAUUAAAGGAGGAUGACCCUCUGGAACCUCCGAAGUAAAACUUAAAAUGUUGUCUCUGGUCACGAUAGGUCCUUAACCAUUUCCCUUUCAUCCUCGUUAGCCAAGGCAGUCUUACGUCGCAAGACGCCCUGGCAAACCGAGUUCUAAUCUUUACUAUUUUGACACUCAUCGUCAGCCAAUCCAAUUCCCUGCGUAGACGUCAAGACAUUUUCCUACACACUGUAUAUUCAGGUAUGGAAUUACAAGGUCAAAUUUGUUGGCCAAUAGGAGAGCGCUUUUCAGGACUGCACAGCGCGCUGCCAUUUUAUUUAGUAGGAGGUCAACAAUAAUCUAGGUCAGCUUUUGUAAAGAGCGACCUGAUUGGUCAGAAAUUAUGUCAGUCCAUAAUUAGUUGGAAGUGUUCAUGAAUCGUUAAUCACAGGAGAUCAAAUAUAAGAUAUGGACUCGGUUUGCCGAGGUAUACCGUCUUACGUCAGCACUGUUAAAGUUGAUGUUACAUGAUAACUAGGACCUAUUGGUAAUUACUGGAAGCAAGACUUAUAAUAUGCAACUAUACGUACUUGUACUCAGAGCUUUAACUUUUGCUUACAAGUUUGCUUAUACUAAACAACAAUGUAGAGUAAUUGAUCAUUAAGUUUCACGAGUCGGCCAUUUGAAUCAAACAGGAUCCUCAUUAUUAUCGCAAGCUACUCUUCAGACGAGAACAAAUGAAGGUGAUGCAAAGGAGUCAAAUUAUAGGCCCCCUAUAGAUGAAUCCCUUUGGUCUGAUGAAUAAUUUGACAUUGUGGAUUAAAAGCCGUAAGGCACGAAAGCAAUUUUAUAUUUUUGAAAGUCAGACUUAUCACUACAAUUAUUGUAAAAUAAACUGGCAUCCUCCCUAUCAAGGGUAUAGGCCUACAGGUGAAUACAUUAGAUUCGGGAAGCACAAUCUUAAAAAGUAAAAUGGCCGUCUCGGGAAUAUGGACCAUUGGAAUGCAGACCAGUCAGUGCAUCCAGUAGACAUGAACUACAGGGUUGGUCCAAAAAAGCGAAACCCAAAUGUCGGGACCAUUAGUUUAGUGAAGUUCUACAUGUAGCACUUUCAAAAUCUGGGAUAUGAAAGCUCGAUUCAUAAGCUUCUUUUAGUCCAAGAAUCCUUUAAAUCACUUAUGUAAUUUUAGAGUUACGGAAUUUUAAACACAACCACCGUUUUAAAGUUCU